AUGGCACGCUACAGGGCUCAGGUUGAGGCCAAUAUGCUUGUGCCGGAAAAAGAGGUGGAGGGGCUCGGCGACUGGCUGGAGAAGCUCAGCUUGUCCCAGUAUGCGCUGGCAGCGCGGGAGUGGUGCUCCGGCAUGGGGGCGGCGACUGUGGAAGAGAUCGAGGAAAACUGGGAGGAGUUCAGCGAUGCGAUGAACCUCAAGUUCCUGGAGCGGCGCCGCCUGAAGCUGUGCGCUGCUUCGGUGAGCGAA